AGCCAAGAAACCUCAAAACACAUCUUCUGUUUCUCUCUUAGCUAUUCCACAAAAACAACACUUAAAAACACCCCAGCCACCACCACCUGGUAUCUAUAUGCAAUUUGUUGCAACUUCCCACGACCAAAAUCCCAUCUUUCUCAGUUUCUGUUCCUUGUAUGAGGGGGCCUUCAUUUUAGGUGUUCGGGACAUCGUUUGCAAGUGUAUUUACAGAUCCUGAGGUGGGUGCUGUAUUUUAAUUCUACCUUACAUCUUUGUGCUCUCGGGUGUUGCUAGUGCAGAUACAUCUAUCCAUUAUUAGAAAGGGGCAAAAGGGAUUGCUGCUGAGAAGAAAAUAAAAUACCACGAAUACAGAGAGAGAGAUGGAUAGAUUACAGUGGGGAAAUAGGAAGAGGCUGAGAUGUGUGAAGGUCAAAGACAAGAACAACUCAUCAUCAGCAGCGUCAACUUCCAUCAAUGGAAAAUCAGAUGGUGCUGUUGUGGUCAAGAAGAAAAUCACAUCUCGCUUUGCUGAUAGCUGUAACAACAACAACAAAGAAGCACAACCUCAGCAUAAUGCUUCUCUUCCUCCUCUUCCUUCUCCCCAUCGCAUCAACAACAGGGAUUUAGGAAUGAGUAGAUCCAAUGGCAACGAGAAUCGCAAGGCAUCAAUGUCAUUGUCUCCUGAGAAAGAAGACCGGUAUUACACGACGAGGGGAUCGGUUGGUUUGGACGAGAAUCAUAAGAUGUUUGUGGAUGCUAAGGAGGAGAAGAAAAAGUUUGUUUGGCCAAAACUACUAGUAACACUCUCAAAUAAAGAGAAAGAGGAAGAUUUUAUGGCUAUGAAAGGGUGUAAACUGCCUCAAAGACCUAAGAAAAGGGCCAAGCUAAUACAGAAAACUUUGCUCUUGGUGAGUCCUGGUACGUGGUUGUCAGAACUGUGCCAAGAGCGGUAUGAAGUCAGAGAGAAGAAGACUUCUAAAAAGAAACCUAGGGGACUGAAGGCCAUGGGAAGCAUGGAAAGCGAUUCCGAAUGAUUCUUGAAAUUCUUGUUCCAACUUUGAAUUUUGAAUUGUGAAAGUGCUACUACACUAGCAGCAGCAGGAGUGAGGGUGACCCAAAGAGACCAAUCAAUGAAUUGUUUCAAGGCUGUAAAAGAAAUUGGCAGAGCAGAGGUGGCGGAUUGCAUUGUAUUAAUGGGAAAUGAAAACUUUGAUGCUCUUUUGUUGAACCUUUGAUGAUGGUAGAAUGCUGUUUCUUCUUCAUUUCGAGGCGGGUGAAUCAUGAAUGGUUGUGGAUCUUCCCUUCCUCAUCCCUGUACAAAUACAGCCAGCACCUUUUUUUUUUCUCUUCAAUAUGCUGAAGGGUCAUCUCCACAGCUGUUGUUGACCUCUUCCCAAUAUCUUUCACAGCAAUCAAAACUUGUCUGUUGCUACAUUC